GUUCCACAAAGGAAUUGAUCGAGAGCUGCUGUGGAGCCGGACAACAGUGGGCUAUAGACAACGGGGAGUGCACAGAGAUCCCUGUAAGUGGAAUGGAUGGUGAUAUUUGCAGGGUCGCUCAGAAGCAGUGCUGCGUCUCCGCCGUGAAGGAGAACGCCUGCCUGGCUGGCAUGAUCGCUGCCAAGGAGGGGGAUGCCUGCGGACCGGAGGACAGUGAUCCCUGCGGAGGCUCCCCGUACAAGCAAUGCUGUGACUGCUGUAACCUGGGCCUGCGGCUGAAGAGUGAGGGGAAAACCUGUGAGUCCAACAUCAACCUGGGCUAUCCCUGCAGCCACGUGAUGCUGUCCUGCUGCGAAGGGGGAGAUCACUUCAUCCACCCAGAAAUAAAAAGGCAUCCUGAACCUUUGCCAACAGUGACGCCUGAGAAGGUUUCCGAGACGGAAGAUCACAACGAAGCCUUGUCCAUCAGUAAUGAAGCUGAACUGUCAAAUAACCUGCCUGGAGAUGACCUGGAUGAAUGUCUGAUGUACGGUGGGGAACUCUGUCAGCAUUUGUGUAUAAACACCGUGGGCUCCUACAAGUGUUCGUGUUUUCCAGAAUUCACUUUGCAAGAUGAUGGGACCAGCUGCUCUCCAGAUCCAGACAGAGGACAGGUGACAAGGCUGGAAGCAGAAACCACCAUUCCUCCGGCAGCCUCUCCUUCUCCACCUAUUCUCGUUGUGUCCUUACAAGAAGAGCAGGAUAAGUGUAAAGAUAACGGCCCCUGCAAGCAGGUCUGCACCGUUGUGGAACGAAACGCUGUGUGUUCUUGUUUGGCUGGAUACACUAUCAUGGCUGAUGGCAUUUCUUGUGAAGACAUUAAUGAGUGCGUGGCAGAUACGCACACCUGCCAGCGGGGAGAGCACUGCGUCAACACAGUGGGAUCGUUCAAGUGUCUCCAGGAACUGAGCUGUCAGCCAGGUUAUGAGCUUAAGGACGGAGAAUGUGCUGAUAUCGAUGAAUGCAAGAGAGGGACUCACAGCUGUAAAGUAAACUUCGUUUGUCAGAACACAGAGGGAUCGUUCUACUGCGAGUCAAAGCAACGCUGCAUGGAUGGAUUUUUACAAGACCCAGAGGGAAACUGCGUUGAUAUUAAUGAAUGCACGUCUCUCCCUGAGCCAUGCAAACCAGGAUUCAACUGCAUCAAUACCGUCGGGUCUUACACCUGCCAGAGGAACAACCACUCCAACGAGGAGGGAACCCGGUGCAUCGACGUGGAUGAAUGUCAGACGGGCGUGCACCGUUGUGGCGAGGGGCAGAUUUGUCAUAACCUUCCGGGGACUUACCGCUGCGACUGCAAGAUGGGGUAUCAGUACGAUGCCUUCAGCCGAAGCUGCAUCGAUAUAAACGAGUGCUGGAAUUACCCUGGACGCCUCUGUCAGCACACGUGUGAGAACACCCCUGGCUCCUACCAUUGCACUUGUUCUUCUGGUUUCCGCUUGUCUUACGAUGGAAAGCAUUGUGAAGAUGUGAAUGAGUGUGAUACGAGUCCCUGCAGCCAGGAGUGCGCCAACGUUUACGGCUCCUAUCAGUGUUACUGCAGGCAAGGCUUCCAGCUCGCAGAAGAUGGACAUUCUUGUAAAGAUAUCGACGAGUGCACGCAGAGCGCAGGCGUUCUUUGUACUUUCCGCUGUGUGAACGUUCCUGGUAGUUAUCAGUGUGCUUGUCCGGAGCAGGGAUAUACCAUGGCAGCAAAUGGAAGAACCUGUCGAGACAUCGAUGAAUGUGCCAUAGGAACCCACAACUGUUCAGCCUCCGAGACGUGCUAUAACAUCCAGGGCAGCUUCCGCUGCCUGUCCUUCGAGUGCCCAUCCAACUACCGGAAAGUAUCUGACAUGAGGUGUGAACGAAUCAGUUGUUUUAAUUAUCUGGACUGCCAAAAUACCCCGGUGCGCAUUACCUAUUACCAGCUGAACUUCCAAACCAAUAUCGUGGUCCCAGCUCAUAUUUUCCGUAUUGGACCAUCGCCUGCCUAUGCUGGAGACAACAUAAUCCUUAAUAUAAACAAGGGAAAUGAAGAAAACUACUUCAGCACUCGAAGGCUGAACUCAUACACGGGCAUUGUCUAUCUUCAGCGACAACUCCAGGCCUGGCAAGAUGAAGAGGCAGCCACAGCAACGAAUAGGAGAGCCUUUCAGAUCCAUUAUUCAGGAGACAUCUCAAGUGGCCAUAUGUUUCUCCGUGCCCCAGUGGGGCACAUCAAGAUCACUGAAAGUCAGAGUUUUCCAUCGUCAGUCGUUUCUGAUUGA